GCCCAGUAAACACAUAAACACUCUUGACCUAGAUCUUUUAUCUGGGUCUUGUGUGCUGAUUGUGAUCAUUACAGGUGGUUGGGUAUGAAUUAUAUCAUGACUGAAAAUGUGUAUAUCAUAGUAUAUAUCAGGAUUUGGAAAGUGGUCAGUAGAGUUAGUGACAGUGCAGUUGCAAGUGACAAGGCUGUUUGGCAGGCUUAUAAGUAGAAAAUGCUGGCCACAAGAAGUAUCCAAGUUUGCAAAUAUGGCAGGGUUUUUAUGCAAAGACGCUUUUUGAAAAGUACUGCAGGUCUCUGCACCCAAAAUCCUGCCAAACGUCAGCAAUGGAGCUACCUGCAAGGUCGAUCAGACACGCCCCUCCUUGGCAAGACAAUUGGUCAGCUAAUGCUAGAGCAAGCUGAGAAGCAUCCUGACAACGAGGCCUUCGUUUUCCCACAUCAAAAUAUCCGAAUAUCAUUUCAGGAUCUACUGGAACAGUGUGAUAAACUUGCAGCAGGCUUCCUUGCCCUUGGGAUCAAAAAGGGUGACCGCGUGGGGAUGUGGGGGCCAAACUUGGCUGAAUGGGCCAUCACACAGUUUGCUACAGCAAGAGCGGGCAUUAUCUUGGUCAAUAUCAACCCUGCUUACCAAGUCCAGGAGUUGGAGUACACUUUGAAGAAAGUUGGUUGCAAAGCAGUGGUUGCAGCAGAAAGGUUCAAAACGCAGAACUAUUAUGAGAUGUUAUUUGACAUAAACCACGAACUUGCAUUCAGUAAACCGGGCGAGCUGCACAGCAAUAGAUUGCCAGACUUGAAGCAUGUUAUCAUGCUGGGGGAAGAUGAUUAUCCGGGGACAUUUCGAUUUCAAGAUGUAAUGGAAAUGGGAAACAAAGAGUUGAGGUCGGAAAUUGAGAACAUGCAGUCAGAUUUACAGUUUGAUGAUGCUAUAAACAUUCAGUUUACAUCCGGAACAACCGGAAAUCCAAAAGGUGCUACACUUUCACAUCACAACAUUGUCAACAAUUGCUAUUUCGGUGGUAAAAUUCUAGAGUAUGAUACGAAACCUGCCUCCAUCUGUGUCCCGGUACCUCUGUAUCAUUGCUUUGGGAUGGUGCUUGGCUGUUUGUCAUCAGUGGUGCACGGAAGUAAGGUAGUAUUCCCGGCCGCUGGGGUCGAGCCAGGUGCAAGUCUUGCUGCCAUUCAACAAGAAAAGUGCAAUUCUCUGUACGGUACUCCCACAAUGUUCAUAGACAUGCUGGCGCAUCCUUCGUUCGACUCAUUUGAUUUGACGAGUCUGAAUACGGGAAUCAUGGCUGGUUCACCAUGCCCUGUGGAGGUUAUGAAACAAGUGGUUACCAGGAUGCACAUGAAAGAGGUCACAAUUGCCUAUGGUACGACAGAAAAUAGUCCAGUGACAUUUAUGGGAUUCAAAGAUGACCCCACAGACAAAAAAGUGUCAACUAUUGGGCAUCCGUAUGCACAUGUGGAGACGAAAGUGAUUGACUCAAAUGGGAAGAUCGUGCCAAGAGGACAAGCUGGUGAAUUAUGUACACGAGGUUACACAACAAUGCUGGGCUACUGGGAAGAUAAGGCGAAGACGGACGAAUGUAUUGAGCCCGACGGUUGGUAUCAUACUGGAGAUCUUGCCGUCUUAGAUGAGGAUGGUUAUGGUGCCAUUGUGGGUAGGAUAAAGGACGUUGUUAUUCGAGGAGGGGAGAAUAUCUACCCAGUGGAGAUUGAGCAGUACUUGUAUAAACAUCCUAGUGUUGAGGAUGUGCAGGUUAUCGGGGUACCAGACGACAGGAUGGGGGAGGAGCUAUGUGCUUACAUCCGUCUCAAGACAGGUCAGGAGGUGACAGGUGAAGAGAUCAAGGCAUUUUGUAAGGGAAAGAUGUCCCACUUCAAGAUUCCAAAAUACGUACUCUUCAUUGACGCAUAUCCCCUUACCGUGACGGGGAAAGUCCAGAAAUUCAAAUUGCGAAAACAAGCUUUAGAUGACCUUGAACUUCAUCAUGUGAUGCCUCAUAUUGAGCGUAAACAAGGCAUGGUAGAUGAAAUUUGAUAGCGGGAGUAAGGACUUUGAAAGCAAAUUUGUGAUUGCUCUCCGACUGUCAGUCAAAACAAUGAUAGAAUACGAAAUUGUUUGAAAUUCAUUUAGGCGGGGGGGGUUGGGGGGCAUUGAUGCAUUUCAAACUUUCAUUCUCUCACUGUCUGUAUCACUCCAGAUCCUGAGUGAGCAAUAUAUAUGGUUUGUGAAAUACCCACUGCAAAUUAGAAAUCGCCCAAAUGUUUACAAAUUCCACAGGCAGUUGGAAUUAACAAUGAUGUAAAAGACAUUUUUUAAAUAAAAAAAUCUAGAUCAUCCAAAAUAUCAUGGGAAAUAUUUGGAAGACAUGAACAACUGCAAGUAGAUUGUAGAACUGAUCAGUAUUAUAGGUUAUCUUCCAGUGCUACAAUAUUUCAAGUAGUCAUUCUCUGGCUGUUGUCAAGUAGUUAUGCUUACAUGUAGAAUUAUAUGCUUACAUAUAGAAUGCUUCCCUAAAAUGCCAUUCAAAUUCAAUGUAUUUAAAUGUGAUAUUACA